CGGGAAGACAAGUGAAGAGAAGAACAUUCAACAGACGACUCGGGGAUGGAGACCAUGGCGUCCGUUAGUUCGCCGUCGUCAUCGCCGCGACUCCCCUCGCCGCCGCCCAUCGCCGAAGACCAAGUCGGGUCUCUCUCGCCGGGCUUCUCUCUAUACCAAGACCAUGGUAAGCUUUCCGGGAGUGGCAGCACCACCAACACGGGCGCGGCGAGGCGGAUACGACCUGGCACCAAAGCGGAGGACAUUCACGAGGGCCCCCCUCUGAUUGACCUGCAAGAUAUCGACUCGGCAUUCCAGCUCACCGAACACCUCAAAGCUCUCUACUACCACCACACGCACCCUCCCGACUCCGACACGACAGCCUCGGUCACCGCCGAUCUGGCACGCGAUCUGGCUAAACCGCCGCCAGGCAUCUCUCGCGACAUUUGGCUGUAUGAGCUGGGCCGCUUUCUCAUCCAAAAGACCAAUACCGUCAUCGUCAACCUAUUCGCCGAUGACCCGCCCUGUAGCCCCGCCACGUGUCCCGAGAUGCGCGCCAGCGAGUGGCAGUAUCUGUGCGCGGUGCACGAUCCACCUAAGAGUUGCUCGGCCAUCGACUACUGCUGCCACACUCUGGACUGGGCUGCCAAUGCCUUGACCAGCAGCAAGAUGUUUCCCUCGCGCCUGGGACUGGGCUCCACUCCGCACGGCAGUGUCGACAAGGUCCUGGCGCAGCAGAUGAAGGAGAUUACCAACAUCUUCCGACGCGUCUACCGCAUCUAUGCACAUGCCUGGUUUCAGCAUCGGGACAUGUUCUGGCGAGUUGAGAGGCAGACGGGCCUAUACAUCUUAUUCAAAACCGUCUGCGACGAGUAUGGCAUGAUUCAGCCCGAGAACUACACCAUACCCCCCGAAGCCGAAGGACACGACGCAGAAGAAGACGGCCAGGAGCAGACGCAGGUGCCCAGCAUUCUUUCCAGAGAAACAGACUCGACUUGGACGAAGCCCGCUGGGAAUGAAGUGAUUGCCAAUGGCAACACGACCAAGCGCCAUGGCGGCGGACAAGGCCACAUCCGGAACCCUUCCAACGUCACGACUGUGAUCCAAGAGGAAGCUGAAGAGGAUGAAGCGACCGAAGCAAAACCAGUGUUGGAACGCGCAGUCACCACUGUGCACGAUGACGAGCAGCCCCCAGAGGCUGUGCCGCCUGAAGAAAAGUCGGAUGAAAGCAAGCGAGACACCAUCACACCCGCAACAAUGACCACGUCCAAGACUUUCACCGUACCGGAGCCCGUCCAGAAUGAGAAGACAUUGGAGAACCAAGAUGAGACUGAUACUGGCGAUGAGACAACGAUCCACAUCGAAUCGGAGGGGACUACUGUCGAGACCAAGGCGGACGAACCUGGAGUGGAAGUCACGGUUGAGCCUUUGGAGGAGGAGGCUACGGCCGAAGACACCGAAACUGCGAAAUGAGCGAGCACGACAGUAUUGUGCUCUUUGAUGAAACACAGACAUCGCACGCAUCACCUCGAAUAUGGUGAAACUAAUUAAUGUGAAGGCUUCUAAGCCAACCCGGAUGGAGAUGUGAAUUCACUUCACUGCACACUGCUGCUAGGCACCAAUCUCGCAGGCAGCACAACGUCAAAGCUCAUGGAACGGCGUGCUUUGCUCAAAAAGUGGGAUCUUGGUCACGUUCGUCCGGACAUGAAUCCGGAACGCGCCGCGUUGGAGUGAGCAGAACAUUGCGUGCUAAGAAUCGCGGUUCCUGCUGCAGAUCAGGCAGAUCCGUCCAUGGACGAGUCUGCUAGACUAACAAAGUAUGGAGCGCGGCUGGAAAAGUUGAGAGGAGGAGCGGAUGCCAUGUAUCAACGCCUUCAACGUACACUUUACAAGCUUGUUGCAGUCGGGCGUCUUAGCAGUCGGCUACAAGCAUCGAGUCGGUUGCAAUCGGUCAAUCCACCAGUGGUUAUUGGCUCAUGAUCGCAUCAUUUUUGUGAAGUUUAGCAUUGAGAAGCUGAGUAUGUACAUACAUAGCUUCCGCUGGCCACUCGGGACUGUAAGCACGGAUCCCAAUAAAGCUUGGCGUUGACAUAGAUCAAACCAGGAAAAAAUGCGAAACCUACCGACGAGCUAUAAGACAUCCUUCGAAUGUUCCGGCGCAGUGGGCAAGUAGACAUUCAUCCUGCAAUCGUUUUCAAUUUUUCAACACUCGCGCAAGUAGCGAGCCCAGACCUUGAUCACGAAGCUCCUCGCAUCGGCCGCCUUCUUCACGCCUCGUCGUCGCUAUCACCAGAUGAGGGUAGAGCGGCGUUUCGACCAGAGCAUUGUAUGGGGGAAAACAGCGGGCAUGCUUUUGCCAUCACGGACGAGUGUACGAAGGCGCGACGGCUAUAUACCUACCUCCCAUGGGCUCGCUAAAGGUACCCCGAGAGCUGCAUGCAGCUCAUGACAUUCGAGUACUGCCGGAUCCUAUACCAUGCCGCCGAGCAUUGAAGAGAGAGGUCUUCUGAGGAAGCUAUACGACGACACUCUAUUCCACACUGUAUUACUGCGCCUUUUGAGAUCCGAUACUACACGAUCUAAUAUGUCUGCCAGGCGCAAGACGGGUAUUCAAGUGCAUAUUACAGACAAAAUUCGUGAGGGUGUCUGCUGCCAAUGGUAUCAUAUAUCUUGAUCACCACAGAUCCACUCUCGCAGGAGCAUUUGCAGAGCUCGUGCAGCCAGGGUUAGGUCUGUUGAAUGAAUGAAGGUUGCUGGUACACUAAUUCGUGGUAAGCUCCCUGGCAUAUUCAUAUCGCCCAGCUCGAUUGCCGCUCCUCUGGUCCUUAUACACCUUUUCUGCUGCUGACGGCCGCAAUGCGCCUGAAAAAGAAGCCUCGUAUCCUCACGAGACCUUACUGGCGACAUUUAUUCGAACGGGCGCAGUCGAAGCUUAAUACGACACCGGCACAAGAGCAACUCGACGAGCGUUUCAAAAACCUACCAGCAGAGCUACGGCUCGAGAUACAGGAACACUAUCUUCGAGCAGAUCCCAUCCGAGUAGGCGAUGAUGGGGAACUGCGACAUCCUCUCGUGGACAAGAAUGUGACAUGCCCCGAUCUCAGAGAGACCGCUGCGUUGUAUCGCGCCGCUCCGAUUGUUCUCAGCUACUAUCUCCUCAAGACUGGCCAGCACGGGAGGUACUAUUUCGACCUGGACAGUAGCAGCAAGCCCUGGGCACCUUACAGUUACUUCCUCGAACAUCAUGACCGACACCUGGGGAGAGCGCAUAGGAAGCACCUACGGCUCGAGAUCAGAAUCACUAUACCCAGCAAUUGCUACAAGAAAUUGCGCUUUCGCUGCGAUGAACUGGGCCGAGUUACUUUCCAGCCUGGGCAUGAACACGCCUGUCGAUCCCGGCACUGCGAACGUCCCGAACAGCAGGUCAAUGUGUGGCGGCACAUUGACACCCAUACGAACAGAAUCAGCGAGCAUACCGAAAUUCCACGCGAGAACAUCAACACCGAAGUCGCCUUUGUGCAUUACAAGUGCCAAGCAUGUGGUUGUGCACACGCGAGGUGCAAACUGAAACUCAUGUGCAUGGGGCCCCCUUAUAUGGUCUUAUGCCUCAUGGCAUACGUAGUGAUCUCGUGGCAAACGGCAUAUUGUGGUUGGGAUAUAUACAAGAAAUGGAGAGCUCAAAUCCGGCUUCAACCCGGCAUUCAUCGCUACACUCUCUACGCAUCUUUCCUGCUCCCUGUCUUCCUCGGGGGAGUUUUUCUGACUCCAUUGGCUAUGCCAUUGAAAUGGACUGUUCAGGGAUCUGAAAAAGCAGCACAGAUGGUCGUGCAAAUCAUUGAACGGCGGCAAACGGCGCGCAAAGCAAUGAAGCAAAGGAUCAGGGCAGAUGCAGAGGCUGUAGCGGCUACAGAUGCUUCUCGUAAGCAAGGCACGGUGUCUGCUGUGCAACUUGGGAGCUUUCCAUUCGAAAAUCGCCCGUCAGAGCCCAUGAUUGGUUCCGAAUAGGGGUGAAGAACGAAAACAAAAAAAGAAGAACAUUACUCUUUCGUAUUAGACUCGGGCCGCCAAUACUCUUUCGAGCCACAAUUAACGCAUAUAAUCAUCGACUGCUAGCAGUAAUAGC